UUUAAACACAUCUACACGCUUUUUCGAAGAAAGUAGAAAAGAGAUCGCAGUCAAGGUUCACAGAGACUCUCGAGGAUUAACAGAUGAAACCAAGGUGGUUUAUGUACAACUUCUACUAUAAUUAUUGCUGGACCACAAGGACGCAGACUGCUAGGUCGCGCGUAGUUUCUCGGUGAGAAACACUGAGCAAGGCCCUAGCUUACUCCUGGCGCAAGUUGAGCUUACAGCUUGAGACUAGUGGCCUCGGGCUGGUUUGAUCCCUGUGGGUAUCAUAUUCGUCGGGGCUGCGCUGAAGUCUCUACUUCUUUUGGGGGAUAUGUAUCACGAUGGGGAGGGUUUCGCGUGCUCGUAUGGAAAUCCUUACGCCAUCGCCGUCGGAUCUUUAUGAUCACCUACGUCGGUACUCGUCUAGAUCUGGCGGAACCUACUGGAUGGAUAUGCCUCAGAUCGUACGGAGCUCGUCACGAGAGUACCUUGCGGCGGUCUCUUCGUGCACUUGGAACUGGUUAGAACUGACAGGACGGCAUGGACCUGGCUACAGCUGACGCUGUGAGCGUGCGCCCUCUCUGCUAUCUGAAAACGUUGAAGGCCCUUAGCUUGUUGAUCCUUAACCUUCGAACUGUACGCAUUCAGGUCCAUAGGUUUCCUGGGGGUCUUUCUGGUGGUGCUUUGUCCUUGGCGGUAUCUAUUGAGAGACUUGAAACGACGAACGAGAGAGAGGAGAAGCCAGAGGCACCCGCGCAACGGUAAACCCGUCGGGCGUUUGGAUAGUGCCCCGGUUGGGUUUGCUAGAUGCGUGAAAACCAUCGACGCCCGCGCCAACUAAGGCCAACGCGUUGAGAAUGGUGCCGAUGGGUUACCUUAUUCGCCUGGCGAUCUUGGUCAUUUUGAUGGUGAUCGGCGUCCGUUGGAUCUUUGUGGAUCUUGGUGCAAUUUCAAGGAUUCAGGUCAUGGCCAACAGUUACACAAUUAGAAAAGUUGAGACGAUCGAUGGCGUUAGGGGUGGACUAUUUCGUGGCGUUUGACAGCACGGAGACGGACUGAGCUAGCCAUGCCGACCACAAAGGCCUGACUAAGUGGGUUGUCGUUGCCUAGUGGCUUCUAUCGUUGUCCACGUCCAUGUUGCUGCUAGCAAGAGAUAUGUGGUGUUGCAGCUCGUGGGUGCCGAUAGUCCGAAUCUCUCGAUGAUGACGACCUCAAGUGGAAAACGUGUUAUGGUAGAUGAUUAGUAGAAGUAGAAGAAUGUUGUACCUGUACGCCUAUUCUUGUGGUGUUAGUCCCGUGCCGCUCCGUGACACUAAGAAAAUGAUCAUGCGUUAACAUGUUGAAUACGAAGUAAGAAGUGUUGAUAGGUACGCGGAUUAAAAAGAAGCUUGCAUAUCGACACUUUCUCUCCUGUCGUACAUCGACCACGAAUGAAUCUGGGCAUAUUUAACAGGAGGACGAUAAUCAUAAUACUUAUUAAUUGCUGAGCUCUGCCCUCUGGGUAGUUUACUGUGCACUCGUUUCUGAAGACAAUGACGACGAGGAGACCACUUAUGCAUAGGCCUCCGUCUGAUGCCGAAGUCAUGCACUCGCAAACUCCGACAGCUGCACUUCUCCAAAUACAAGCUCACUAGUGAGAAAGAGAAUACUGCUUCCGUUGUAUGAGUUCGUUGUAGUUGCACUUCGACGUCGGGCAUGAGGAUAGUUGUUUGUUGGUAUCUCAACAUUAAAUGAACAUCAACAUACGCGAGUCUGUCGCUGCACGCGCUCGGCUAGUCCUCC